AUGCGGGGUGGGUCCGAGUGGGGCAUCUCGUCGGUGCUGUGCUCGGCCAUCGAUCAGUAUGGGCGCGCGAAGCUGCACUUCAGGCAGAAGUGGGGCGACAUGCUCGGCAGCCGCGGCCGCGUGAGCAUCCCGGGCUUCGCCCUGCACGACGGCCCGGGGGCAGCCCCGCCACAUGCAGCGGCGUGGGGCUUCGCGCCGACGCCGCGCGCCGCGAAAGGCCACACCCCCGAGACGAACGACGACGUCGGCGCGGCGUCGCGGAGAUUCGGCCCCAGCGGCACCGGCGCGUCCACGGCGCUGGGCAAGACGAGCGGCCGAGGCUACAGCGGGACCGGCACCGGCGCGCACGAGGGCGAAGAGGCCGCGGACGAUGCGCAUCUGGGCUCUCGCCGACUGCACACGCGCAACAGGACCGGAAAGUCCGCCGCGGGCCCCCGCCCGGACCCGCAGGCGGAGGCGACGAGGGUGCCUGAGACCAAGCUCGCUGCUAGGCGGGACGCCGAGCAGGAAAUGCUGCGCGGCGUGCGCCGGCGGGUGCUCGAGCAGCUCCACAGGCGCCCGAGCCCUCCGCCGGCGCCGGCGCCGGGCGAAAUGCCAACCCCGAUGAGAAAGGCCCAUCUCCUGGAGGACGCCCUCAGCCCGCGCACGCCGGGCAGCGCGCACGCGGAGUGGGACGACGACAGCAAGCGGUGGUCGGCGGCGAAGUCGAAGCAGCACACGUCGAACGCGUCCGUGAAGGCGACGGCGUCGGUGGGGCGCGGGGCAGGCGGCGGGCUGUCGUCGCCGACGCAGGGGUCGCCGUCGGAGUCCGCGCCGGGCGCGCGGGCGCGCGAGAUCAAGUUCCAGCUGCAGCAGAAGAGCACCGCGGCGGCGGGCGAGGCCGCGAACAGCCAGCGCGGCGGGCGGUCGUCGCGCGCGUCUGCGUCGCGCGCCGACCAGGGGUCGCCCGCGCCCGGGGGAUCGCUGCACGGCGACGGCGGGGAGGGAGUCGCGAUGGUGACCGCGAAGGUGCGGUCGAUCGAGGAGGAGGUCCAGAAGGCGCGCGCGACGCUCGAGAAGCUUAUACUCCACCCCGGGGACUCUGCGCUCCUGCGUCAGUUCCGACGGUGCCUGGCGCGCAUCCGGGAGCGGCGGAAGCGCUUCCGCCCGCCGCGCACGAUCCAGUCGCUCAAGAGCCUCGCCCGGCCGCUCCCGCCCGUCGAGGAGUCGGCUGAGUCAGGGACGUCACUCCCCCUCGAGUGGGAGGCGCUGGUCUGGCGCGUCCUCGACGGGCCGAACGCCGUGCUCCCGAAGACCACGUCGCGCGCCGAGCGCCAGGAGAACCGCGCGGCCCUGCGCUGGAUGAUCAAGGACAGCGUCACCGAGCUCGCGUACGUGUUCCGCGCCUGCCAAGCCCUCCCCCCGGUGCCGUGGGGCAAGGCGCCGAGGCUGGGCGCGUCGGAGAAGGAGAGGGCCGACGUCACGAACAUCAACCGCAUGCUCGAGGACCUCGAGAAGCACUCGCGGAUCCCGGCGCCCGAGGAGCCCCCCCCCGAGGUGGUGGAGGAGUCUUCCUUGGUGUCCGACUCAAGCGGGCUCGACAUGUUCGGGACGGGCAAGCCCGCGAAGGCCAAGCCCGCGGAGAGGCCGCCGCCGGUCUUCGCGGACGGGUACAAGUUCACCACGCUGCAGCUGAGCCGCGACCGGACGCCGUGGGGCGACGCGGUGUCGCAGUGGCAGUUCUGGCGGCUGCUGCAGCUGUCCGAGGUGCCCGGGGCGGCGCCGCUGGGGGACCUCGCGGUCGCGGCGUCGCCGCACGGGCCGUUCGAUGCUGCGGCGGCGCCGGAGGUGCCUGGCGGGCGGCAGGCGAGGGCGGAGCGCAAGGGGAAGGCGAGUGCGGUGCCGUCGCCGCCGCGGGGCGCUCAGGUGGACGCGCCGGCUGGGGAGCCCGUGCCGGGGUGCGGGUCGUUCAGCAAGAUCCCCGGCGUGCAGGUCGUCCUGCUCGACCGGCGCCACCUCGGCGCCCACGACGGCUCCGCCAGGUUCGUGACCGAGCGCGGCAGCGACGUACCCGUCGCGCGCGCGCGCCGCAGCGCCCGCGAGGCCGAAGCGGAGGCCAAGGCCCCGCCCGCGGAGAAGAAGGAGCGGAUCACGGAGUUCCCGCGCCUGCCGCCCCCGAAGCCAGAAACCCCCCAGGCGACGCCGUUCCGCACGAUCGUGCCUACCAAGUCGAUGCCGACGGCCCCAGACGUCCUCGGCGGCCUCGUCGACGAGCCCCCGACGCCGCGGAAGCCGCCCGUGCCGAAGAUGAAGAACAGCGUUCCGGCGUGCGAGCUGUGCGCUCUGCAGCACGAGGAGGGGGGGGAGUGUUCCUUCCCGCGCGAGGCGUGCCCCGUGUCGUUCAAGGGCGGGGCGCUGGACCGGCUGGCGACGAUGGACUUCGUGCGCGUCGUCGAGGCGAUCGUGCGGACCGCGGCGUGCAUCGCGCAGGCCGAGGGGCGGACCGGGGAGGACGCGACGAUUGUCGCCAACGAGGCGGCGGCGCUGCUGGUGCAGCUGCAGGCCGGGGCGUUCUCCGCGGGGCUGCUCGACCCGACGGCAGGGAAGGCGACGCUCGUGUCGCCGCCGAGCCUGAUCAUGGCGCCGACGGCGGCCAGCACGGCCGCGGGGUCGCCGACCACGAAACGCCCUGCGGGGAUGGCGCAGCUGCCGGGCGCGGCGCUGGCGCUGGCGCAGAGCGCGGUCGUGUACUGGGAGCCUGCGCUGCGGUGGAUGUUCACGUUCGCGGCGUGGCACAACCGGUGGGAGCCCUUGGUCAAACACGAGCUGUUGCCACACAUCAUCAAGACGGGCCGCGCAGGGCUGCGGAGUCUGGACGAGCCGAGCCGGCGCCACCUCAUGCCGAUCACGUCGGCGUACGCGGUGGAGCUGGAGGGGCUCCUGGAGGAGGUUGCGGAGGAGGGGGGGGGUUCGGGGGAGGUGGCGGAGGUGGGGCGCGCCGCGGAGAAGAAGGUCGAGGCGAAGAAGCCUCCGCGGAUCCUGACGAUGUCGUUCAACGACAUCCUGAACCACCUGGUCCUGUGCGACCUCGUCGGGCACGGCGGCAUGAUGCUCACGGUGCGCGACGUGUCUAAGAUCUUCUGCGAAACCACGCGGCAGCCCGUCCCGGUGAUGGGCCUGCACGACGAGAACGACACGCGGAGGAUGGUCUUCGAGGAGUUCGUCGAGUUCGUGCUGCGCGUGUCCGUCCGCAUGGCCCUCGCGGGGCCCGCGGCCUCUCCUAUGGACCAGCUGCAAGCGCUCAUGCGCAACCCGGUGGCGGGGCUGCUGGCGCCGACGACGCGGCUCGUGGCGAUGUGGCAGCGGGCGGACGCGAUCCCCCGCGCGGAACAGCGGCUCUAG